CUGGUGCUAAUACAGAGCAGCUAACUGCUAACCGUUCUACUGAUCAAUCAAUCAACAUUUAUUUAUAUAGCACCUUACAACAACCAAGGGUUGACCAAAGUGCUUCACAAUUGCAAAUCAAACAUACACAAACAGCAAACACGAGAGAAGAACAACAGUUUCAGUUGAAGGCUAAAUCAAACAAGUAUGUUUUUAGCCUGGUUUUGAACAGAGGCAGGUCAGUGGUGGUGCGUAGCUCAGAGGGCAGUGCAUUCCAAAGUUUGGGACCUGCUACUGCAAAUGAUCGGUCACCCCACUGUUUGCUCCUGGACCGGCGGACCUCUAGCAGGUGCUGACCAGCAUAGCGAAGAGCUCUGCCGGGUUGGUGGAGCUUCAGGGUUUCGCUUAUUCAGGACUCACAUCCUGCGGCAGCUGAUCUGGUUUGAGGAGCAGCUGUGAUGGCGGGUCGUGGUCGUGGUCGGAGGAUGAUGAGUUUCAGUGUGGAUGCUGUCGGCAUCAACAGAGGAGACAGUUUACCUCCGACCAUCCAGCAGCCGACACCUGCAUUCCCGGCAAUGGAGAACAAGCCCCUCCCCCUGGCGGCUGGCGAGGAGGCGGAGUAUAUGUUGGCUCUCAAACAGGAGUUCAGAGGAGCCAUGAGGAGUUUGCCCUGCUUCAUCCAACCAGCUGCCCCUCACAGAGAUGUGGAGAGGUACUCUGAUAAAUAUCACAGCUCGGAGCAGACGGACAGUCUGAUCGACUGGACUCCAGACUGGAAGAGAUUACCCAGAGAGCUCAGAGUCGUCAGGAAGCCUCGCAGAGACGGUGUGUCGGUCAGUCGCUUGGUUCCAUCAGGUCAGAAGAGACAAGUAAAGGAGAAGGAGGAGAUUCUGCUCAAACUGGAGGUGAACAAACAUUCAUCAAUAACCUGCUGGUCCACCUUAAACACCUUAACUGUCUCUUCCACCUCAAACAU